AUUAUUUUGUUAAGUGUAAAACGGAACGCAGCUCUGGCAACAUUCGCUCGCGCCAUAUCCCGGCUGCAUCAUUUGACAGAUCGCAGUGCAGUGCGUUACGGAGUGUACGUGUGUGUUUUAUUUAAAUAGUUUUAUGUUGUGAAAGCAGCGAAAAACAUAACAAACUAUGGCCACGACGAUCGAGGCAUCCCAAAGCCUCAUCCAGUCAGAGUCCAGGGUGACCCACAGCUACCAGGAGGUCUCCGAGACCCGGCAGAUCAAGAAAAAGAAAUCCAGCAGACGGCAUAAGGAUGAAGGAUCAAUUUCUGUUUCAAAGAGCUCCGAGAAGCUAUGCAAGAAGAUGAAAGCUGCUGAAGAGAAUCCAAGCUGCGUGAAGUGUUCCCGGCCAGUGUAUGCUAUGGAGAGGAUAAAGGCUGAAAAGAGAACUUGGCAUAAAGAGUGUUUCAGAUGUGUCCAGUGUGAUAAACAACUAACAGUUGAAACAUACCAGAGUGAUCAUACAGCGCUCUACUGCAAGCCACACUUUAAGCAUCUGUUUGAACCGAAGCCAGUUGACGAGCAUGAUGAAGUUGACGCGGCACCAAAGAAGCAUCAAAUGAUCAUCUGCGAGAGCAACCCCGUAGAAUUACCGCCAGAUGUCGUUAGAGCAUCAGAUAAGCCAGAUCUUGGACUCGAAGAGCUCGCUUCUUUGGAUGUGAGGUCCCGUUUCCAAGUGUUCGAGAAGAAGGCCCAACCUGAAGAACCACCAUCCAUUGAAACCCACCAUCCUCGCGAGAAGAGCACGGCAUUGCUAUCAAAGUUGGCUAAAUUCAAAGCCAAGGGUAUGGAUAUUGGUGUACCUGAUGAGUAUCUGAACGGUGUACCCGUGGAACACAGCUCCAGUGAACAUGAGGAUGAGGAAGAUGAAGACUCCGUGCUAAAGAACUCGUACAAACACAGCACCAGUCGAGAGCAGCCAGUCUCCUUCUGCAACAUGAGCGAGAUUGUCGGUCGCUUCGAGAGCGGACAGCACAACAACUCCGAGAGGCAUCGGGAGAGGAAACAGGAGAUACAGAAUAUACGGAGCAGACUUUUUAUGGGAAAACAAGCCAAAAUUAAAGAGAUGUAUGAGCAAUCCGUCAUACAGAGUGAACAAGGCAUAACUUCAUCAGAGAAGAUCGCUAAAGAAUUCGACCUGGAUGCAGAAAAAGCGAAGGCGAUAAAAGAGAGAUUCGAGAACGGUGAAGUGUUCAACGAUGAAAACCAGCCGCCCAGAAACAGAGAGCUCGAGGAUAGAGCUAUGUUUAAUGAAGGUAUCGCAAAAAAGUCUAGGUCUAUAUUUCUAGAGCUUGACGCGAAUGCAAAGUGUGUGCCGCCGCUGUCCCCACCGGCGAAUGAACCCCCCAAGAGAAAAGAAAUGUCGUUUGUGCCGGAAAACGUGGUUCGGUCCGCAGACAAAUUGGAAGACGUGAAGAUAGAGACCUCAGACAUUACGAACCGGUUCCAGUUCUUCGAGACGUACAAGCCCGAAACAAAACGGAAGGAGUUUCGGAUGACGCCGCCGCGGCAGACCUUGCGAGCAAAGUCUCCGUCACCUGAGGUGUACCACGAGCCGAGCGUAGUUCGGUCGGACGAGAACACGGCCGACACACACUUGGCCGCCAGCAGGCAAACCGCGCAGCGAAUGAUCUCCGUGUUCAGGGAGAUGGAGGAGCAGACACACAAACCGGAGCAACCACAAGGUCCAAAGCCUUUGAAGCGUUUUACCCCUCCCCCUCCCGGGGGACAUACGGGAGACACGAGCUCGGAGUACAGCGAGGAUGAGGACAGUGAAGAUGAGCACAGGAGAUACAUGGAGACCAGGGAAAGGGACGAAGCCCUCAAGCAGGCGCAACAGUUGGCGCGUACGAAGAGUUUCCGAGACCGGUUCGAGAAUUGGUCUGAAUCGGAAAAUCGGCCGCUCACUCACUCGCAGGUCAACAUCCCAUACAUAGAUAGAGAUGGCGAUAACAAUGAGGAAGACGGCGAUUCUCAACUCGUCACUGCUAAGAGUUUACGCGAAAAAUUUGAGAAUAUGAAGGUGCAAACCACUAAGAGUAUUAUAACACCUAAAGUCAACAGAUUUGUGUAACCAUCACCCAUCACAGUACAGUAUACACCAAAGCAUUAAUUUAUAUAAAAACUGGUAGAAUUCUUGCCACGUGUAACAUUAAGUGACUAUUUAUAUACCUACCCUUAGUUUGUAUACGUCUGAUACUUCCUCGUUUAAACUAAUAUAUUAUAUACAAGCAUAAUUUUUUUUUCUUAAUGUUUUGUAUUGUCCUGUGCUCUGACCGAACCGCUAUAGAUAUAUUAAGCACACGACAGAUCCAAAUAAUGCCUACAAAUUAUAUCCCUAAAAAUAAAAUAACACAGUAGGUAUAAUUUGCUGCGAAAAUAACUGCUGUCGCUCGUUGCGGUUAUUGAACUCUGAUUGUAGUUUGGGAGCAUGGAAUCGUGUUGAAAUAAAUUACAUUUGAGUGCACACAAUGUUAAUUCAACCAAAACCAAAUCAAACUUUGCAUUUUACUUUGAAUAAAUAAUUUAUAUUUAUACGCCAAUAGAUGUAGAUUUUCGCAGCUAUCAUAUCAUCCAUAUAAGUAGCUAUAUUUCAAUGGUUAUAGUUAAAUGUUGUAUACCCAGGACUGUUAUAAUUAUUAUGUGGUGCUAAGCUUAAACAUAUAUAUUAGAGCCAAAAUAAUGCUAAAAAAGCUUAAAACAUUAGCUCGUAGAGAUAUUAAGAUCUUAAAGUCAGAAUUUUAAGAUUUUAAUUAAAAGAUACAACUCUAUUUCCACCUGCAGAGUUCCAAUAAGUGCAAUUAAUAUAAUAUAAUCUGAAUAGAAAUAAUUUAAGAAGUUUUGUAUGUGUAAUGAAUUCAUUUGUUUCUCUUUUGUUUAAUAGCAAUUGUGUGACAUUAUUAUUCUGUUGUUUUAUAAAAAUUGGUUAUAUAAAAUCUAAAGUUCAUACUGAUAAUGUGCCAUUGUAACAAUAAUUAGAUAGAUUUGUAAUAAAUUGAUAAUAUUUUAGAUAAGUUAUUAUUUAUAUUUACAACAAUAUGUGUACUGUGUGUUCUAUGUAUUCGUAAAUCUAUGAUUUUAUUUGUACGACUGAUCUGUUUGUACUUAAUGCAUUGCGGAGCAUUAACUGGUAUUUUUUUAUGUGAUUUGGGGAUUAAGAUGCACUUAAAUCAUAGGGUCUAUUUUUGCUUGCACUAGCGCAUCUGCCCUCAACUCCUUAUGUCUAAAAAUGAGAUGUGGAAAAAUCGAUGUUACUAGCUAGGAAACGUGUUACCUGUGCUGAAGUUUAAAUUAUAUCCUCAUGAUCAAUUACUUUUAAGAGGCGUAGGAUCCGCAAAGGGUUUAGGAAGGGCACGUCCUUUGCUUUGAUUGAAGGUACUUUAAGAGACCCCAGCCUGAUUCUGGCAAUGGCUUCGCCUUCCAGUAGGAUGUGUGUGGGGUCUUCAGCGGCUUCAAAGCAGAAUCUGCACAGGUUUGAUUCACUGAGACCCAUUCUUGCCAGCUUGCAAUGGCCGGAGAGGAACCCAAGCUGAUAUUUAUAAUAAAUGACGAAAGUUGAUAUCUAUUUAGUUUUCUAAAUACUCACCAUUUCCUCAACCACCCAGACAUCCUCAACAAAAGGGGUCAAGAGAUGACGUGUUGCCGGCCAUUAUGUUGGGAGCAACUAAACUGGGACAUUUAAAUAAAAUAAACCGACAGUGCAAACUAUUACUAUGAAGUCUGCGUCAACCAAUUUUUGCGCUGCAUAUGGGCGUGGCGUCGAUGACGCGUUUAAAAUUAACCAAUCACAUCGUUUCCCGCCAAAAGCGGUAUAAUAGAACUUUAUAUUAUACGAAAAAGUUCUAUUCUACUACUGUUCGAUUUAUACACCACAAAACGGAACAAUUCGCAAUUUUUGUCGCUUUUCUUCACGCGCAUCAAACUUUAUUUUCUUAGUAGAGGUCACUUGACCGCUGAGCGGUUAUUGUUGUCUAUUCUCUUUCAAUUUUUUUGGUAGGGAGUAUGCUCUAAGCUUGAAGUUUCCUAAGUCGUAUCGGUUCAGGCAAACUGCAUUCGGUAAAUGAUUCCAAACGUGGCUUGCGAGACAACAAGUUCCUUGCAAAACUCACGAUUGUAGAAUGCUAGACGUCAAAAUAAUGCGGGUGCAAUUUAGUCCUUUGAUCCGAUGACCGGUGGUGGAAUGCAGCAGCUAGAGCACUACCAGUGAUAUAUUUGGUAGGAGAUGAGAGAGAACCCAAAUCCCUCGCAAGUAUUAAAUUUAAUUCAAAAUUAUUGGUAUAAUUCUUUCAAGAAUGCGAGCUGAAGAAAACUAUGAGUCAAGAGAACCUUCUUUUAAGAUAGACCCGGCUUUGACGAAAUAGCCUACUCAUAAAAUAUAACUUUAUUCAGUUUCAGAAUUGUAACAGUACUGUAUCAUAAAUGACAUACUCAAAAAAAUCAUUACCCGUUACUGCUCCGUACUAUUUAUGUAAUUUUGUAAACUUUUUUAAAUAAAUUAUAUGUUCAAA